GAAAUUUCUGCCGGGCGCGCAGCCGCGGCAGCGCCUUGUUGUGCGUGUCUUCGCAGUCACCACGCCAAAUUCCUCGUCCUCGGACAGCUGCGCUGCGCUCCAGCCAACCUCAGUCCAGCAGAGGGCCGAGAGCGCCUGCGUUUUGAGCGCACCCAACAAGCUGCUAAUUUGAAUGCGCCGCGCGCGAGGUGAUCGCAUAGCUCACAACAGCAACGCAUAGCCGCGCGAGGUGAUCGCAUAGCUCGCAACAGCGACGCAUAGCAAAAAUGGCCCAGCGCAAACCUUUCACGUUCUCGCAGCCAGCCGCGAGCAAGCCGCCGCCACCACCUCAACGACCAAAACCCCAGCCGCCGCCGGCGUCGGCGCGCGCCCAGCUCCUGCUGGCGAACAGCGCGAAGAUCCGCGCCAAGCAGCCCGCGCCUCCGCCGAAGAAGAAGCCACGGACCGAGCGGCGGCCGCGCCCGCCCAAAAAGCGGGAGCCCGCGCACCCCUCGCUCCUCGAUAUGAAGGCCCACGGCCUCACAAGAGAGAACGCCGCUAGGAUAGUGCAGCGCCACGCGACGGCCGCGCCGGUCGUUGCUGAACCAACGGAGUGGCGGCCGCCACCGGCACAAAAAGAACUUCCGAACCUCCCGAAAGCGCAAGGCUUCUACGGGUCCAAGGACGAGAAGCAGACGGCCCAGGAAACCGCAAGGGGAUUACAUGGCGUCCAGCUCACGGAACGCCUUACGAAUGUACUGCGACCGCACCAACUGGAAGGCGUCCAGUGGCUCUGUGCGAGGCUCUGGCAGCGCCAGGGGUGCCUGCUGGCGGAUGAGAUGGGCCUCGGGAAGACGGCGACGUGUUUAGCUUCACUGGCCGUGCUGAUGGGUAUCGAAGGGUCGAGUGCGCGGCCCACUACUAAAUCUUUUCGGAGCGUCGUGUGCUGCCCGGCCGGUGUGCAGCGCACCUGGGCGAGCGAAGCGUCAAAAUGGUUAAGGCCGACGCCGGAGGCCGCCGCGCGGGCUCAAGCGGGAGGACCUAGACAUCUCGCCGUGUUUUCUUCUGUUGAUGUACAGGAAGCUCGAGCUCACGCCAGACAAAAAAGAUUGCAAGAGCGCGUCGACGCGCGGUCCCGCAAGAAGUGGACGGGUCAGGAAUCAUAUAAUGAUUCCAUAGACGACGACGCCAUCGGGCGCUUCGCCAAAUGCGCUUUGGAGGAGAAGCCUUUGCUUAUUCUAUCGUACGAGGCUUAUCGGGCCCACGCCGAGCGCAUCCAGGCGAUCCGAGACGUGGGGUUGCUCAUCCUGGACGAAGCGCAUCGCUUGAAGGGCGGCGACUGCGUCCAAGUGAACGAGUGCGUUGCGAGGGAUCGGGCGCCUCGUAGAUUGUUAGUGACCGCAACGCCGGUGCAAAACAGUGUAGAUGAUCUCCGGAGUCUCCUGGAGCUGGCGAACGCAGUACCUGAAAAGGCUUCUGAGUCGAUACUGAGGGAGGCCCUUCGCACAAAAACGCUGCGGAGGUCUGUACACGAGAGUCCCCUGAAUCUGCCGCCGUUACGAGAAUGUGUGGUCUACUGCCGCCCUUCAGCUACACAAAGACGGGUCCACGCGGCACAGGGCGGCAACGCCCUCGCGCGGGUCAACCGGUCGAGGCAUCUGUUGUCCUCUGUGAACGCUCUUGACGACACUUGUGACGACCUCACAAGCGUGGCCAAGUGGGCCUUCGCGACGUCGUUGCUCGAAGCUUGUCGCGCGAGGAACGAGCGCGUCGUUUUGGUCUCACAGUUCAGCGGGCCCUUACGAGCGGCGGAACGGUUAGCCUCGUCAAAGAACUGGCCCUGUCGGACGAUCGACGGCGCGACGUCCCUCGAAGCGCGGCACGACGCCCAAUCUAAGUUAAAUGGCACCGAGGACUUCUUUCUACUCUGUCUGGCGUUGCGAGCGGGUGGCGUCGGGCUCACACUCACUGGAGCGUCGCGGAUCGUUCUCUUCGAGCCGUCGUGGAACCCCUCGGACGAUUCGCAAGCGGUCGCGCGCGUCUGGCGCUGGGGCCAGCGGCGGGAGACUCGUGUUUAUAGACUGGCGACUUCCGAUUCGAUAGAAGAGCGCGUCUUGACGAGGCAGGCCGCGAAGGUGAAACUCUGCGAGCGCGUGGCCCACCUGCAGCGGGCCGAAGCUUUGUUGGAUACGUGUAAGCUCGAAGCGGCGUUCGACGCCGACGCGAAGCGCAACGAAGAUGCAUCACAACUGUGUGCGUUGGGCGCGGGAGGGGUGGAGGUGGCCUGCGCCGCGGCGCGCGCGGCGGACGCCGCCUUCGUCGCUUGUGAUCCGGUUUUAGAAGAGGCGUCUUCAUCACUCGUGGACGGGGAGCCCGUCGUGCGGGGCGUGCGGUGUCGAGCUAGAAUCUCCUAUUAACGGUGUAAUUAGUGUGAACGUACGACUCGACAGCGAUCGAUCGGAA